AUGAAGCAACAUCGUAAACAGGCCCAUCCAGCCGAUCCCAAAGAUGGACCUGAGAAGAAGAUCGUCUUCAAUCUGGUGCGAUCGCAAAUUGAAAAGCGCAAUGAAGAAAUGGAGGCUUUGGUGGUGAAAGACAAAGUUAAGGCAUCGCAGCUGGCUGCGGAACUCCGGGUUCUGGAAGCAAAGAAUCCACCCAAAAGACCUCGUUACGUCGCACGAAAGAAGCAUCGGUGCACUUUGUGCAACAAAAGCUUUGCAACUCCAAGCAUGUUGGUACGGCACCAGUCCGUGCACACUGGAAAGAAGCCGCAUUGGUGUCAAACUUGCGGCAAGAGUUAUACACAGCCUGAACAUUUGCAAAGACAUAUACGCGCAGUGCACGAGGAGACUGUCCAGGGACCUUUGUCCGUACGGCAAAAACCAAUAUGGCACGUUUGCAGCGUGUGCGAGCAGAAAUUCACGGCGAAAUACCGCUAUGUCGAACACCUCAAAGUACACAUUAACGGCUUGUUUGAAUGUCAUUUGUGCGAUCGAAAAUUUACGAUGAAGAACAGUUUAGUGCGUCAUAUUAGAACGCACACGGGAGAGAAAAACUGGGAAUGUGAUGUUUGCCAUAAGCGGUUCGCGGACCAGCAAACAAUGAAGAGUCACAAGCGCCUGCACACCGGCGAUUACCGCUAUCGGUGCAGCGUCUGUGAAAGAGGUUUCUCGAAGAAACGUCGACUAACGGAACAUCUACAAAAAACACGCCGAGGAAGACGGAACUUUGCCCGAGUUCUGCUGUAAUGUCUGCUAUGAGCGUUUUGAAACUCAAGAGGCAGUGGAUG